AUGUCAGAAUGGAAGAUAGCGUGGCCCCCAGUGAGGCUCGGGCAACGGAAUCAGAGCAAAAGGCCCCGCCAGCGCCUACUAGCGCAAUCUAACAGGGAGUCCCUCCCCACCUUCCCUUCUUUCUCAAUGUUUAGUAUCCUUAGCUGGAACUGUCGUGGGGCUAAAAGCCCCAAAUUUCUCUCUGUUUUCAAGGAUUACAUGCUUGCUUUUAGACCCAAUAUUGUGUUCAUCGUAGAGCCUAGGACUAGUGGUAAAGAUGCGGAUGCGGUGAUUGCCAAAAUGGGGUUUGACUGUUUCAAGAAAGUCGAUGCCAUUGGCUUCUCUGGGGGUAUUUGGGUUCUUUGGAACUCUGCUGAUUUCUUAAUUACAGAAUUGGAUAAAGGCCCGCAGUUCUUUCACUUUCGUUGUGUUGACUUGCAGGUUAAUCGUACUGUUGAACUAACAGCCAUAUAUGCCAAACCGAAUGACCACGACCGUCGCCCUCUUUGGGAUUCCCUUCGGCACAUUGAACAGAAUAUGAAGAGCCCGUGGCUUUUAGUUGGGGAUUUCAACUCUAUCUGCAGUGCCUCGGAUCGGCAGGGAGGCGCUGGUUUCAAUUCCCAGAGAACUACCCACUUCAACGAGUGUAUCAGUGAUUGCAAUCUGAUCGAUGUGGGCUUUACAGGUCCACGGUUUACCUGGACCAAUGGAAGACUGUCGCAGCGCCUUGAUCGUGCCCUUUGCAACAGGGACUGGCUCGAUUGUUUCCCAGAAACUUCGAAUACUCACCUUCCUCGAGUCCGCUCAGACCACCGGCCUGUUCUCGUUCGGAGCUCGAUGGACCAGCCCAGCCCUCGCAAGAAAAGACCGUUCCGAUUCUUAGCAGCUUGGCUCUGCCAUGAGUCUUUCCCAAGCACAAUUGACUCAGCCUGGACUCGGGGGAGAGAUUUCAACUUAAGCCUCAUCGACUUUCAAGAGGCGCUGCAGACGUGGAACAAAAACGUCUUCGGCAAUAUCUUUAAGAGGAAAAGAGCCUUGUCGAAUAAGUUGGCCAGAUGGGAGCUCAUCAAUGAUCGACACCCCAACCCUAGGUCUUUGCAAGAGGAAACUAGAGUCAGGGAAGAAUUGGAAAAAACCCUUUGGCAGGAAGAACUGCUUUGGCUUCAGAAAUCUAGAGAUAAUUGGAUCAACAAUGGUGACAGCAACACCCCUUUCUUCCACUCUUCCACCAUCGCCCGGAGAAGAAGGAACAAGAUCUUAAAGCUGCAAAAUAACGAGGGCGCUUGGAUUGAGGAUCAGGACACUCUGCAGAAAAUGUCUCGUGAUUUCUACAUAGAGCUAUUUACUGCAGAAACUGAUACAGCCCAGAAUUUCUGUGCAGAUUUCAGGAUUCCAGAGGCCAACUCUCUCAGCAGGCUAGCUUCCGUCCCUACAGUGGAAGAAAUCCGUAGCAUCAUCAGGAACAUGGGAAGCUUGAAAGCGCCUGGUAAAGAUGGUUUCCAUGCCAUCUUUUACAAACGCUGCUGGAAUACCAUUCAAGCCGAGCUCCGGGACUUUAUAGCUAGAUGUUUCCAGGAACCCAAGUCUAUCAGAAGGUGCAACUCAACACUGCUCACUUUGUUGCCUAAGGUGGACAGCCCGAGUAAUAUGCCUCAAUUCAGACCUAUUGGGUUAUGUAAUGUCAGCUACAAGAUCGUUGCGAAAUGCCUGGCUGACCGCCUUAAGUUGCUGAUGCCGGAUUUAGUUGAUGAGAACCAAACCAGCUUCGUUCCCAAACGCCACAUAACCAGCAACAUCAUCAUCCUGCAAGAGAUCAUCCACACUAUGAACCAAUUGAAGGGUGUGAAGGGUUUGAUGGUGCUGAAAAUAGAUUUGGCUAAGGCAUACGACAGGAUUAGUUGGAGCUUCCUCCUGUCUACCCUCGAAGCUGCAGGUUUUCCCCAGGAAUUCAUAUCUCUUGUCAUGGCCUGUGUCACGACAGCCAGUUUCCAGGUCCUGUGGAAUGGUAGCUGCACCGAGGAGUUCAAACCAACUCGUGGUCUCAGACAGGGAUGUCCUCUCUCCCCAUAUCUUUUUACUUUAUGCAUGGAACGUCUAAAUCAUAAUAUUAAAAAAUCUGUGGAGUGUGGUAAAUGGAAACCGAUCUGCUUAUCUAAAAAUGGACCACCCCUAACCCAUUUAUUCUUUGCAGAUGACCUUGUACUCCUAGCCGAGGCGGAUGCCAAUCAAGCCAGGGUGGUGAUGAGUUGUUUGGAUCAAUUUUGUUCAGCGUCUGGGGAAAAAGUCAGCAAAGAGAAGUCGCGAGUCUAUUUCUCAAGGAAUACUAAGGAAAGAACCAAGAACAGGCUAAGUGGCCUAAUGGGGAUCCCACGUACUUCCAAUCUGGGCAAGUAUUUGGGUGUUCCAGUUAUCCACGGGCGCGUAACGAAGGAAACCUACAAGUAUAUCCUCGAGAAUAUAGAUAGAAGGCUUGCGAGCUGGAAAACCAAAAGCCUGUCGCUAGCAGGAAGGGUUACAUUGGCUACCUCGGUACUCAAUGCGCUCCCGAACUACACCAUGCAAACUGCCGUCUUGCCCUGCAAUGUCUGUGAUCAGAUCGAUAAGAAGAUCAGAGGGUUUGUUUGGGGAAGAGAUAAUGGCAAGGAUAAGGCACACCUUGUCACAUGGGAGAGAAUCUGCAAGUCUAAAGAAGAGGGCGGACUUGGCCUUCGCUCAGCUAGAGCUCUGAACUUGGCAUACCUAAUGAAGCUGGGUUGGCAAUUCCUGAACAACGACGAGAGUCUCUGGGUCAGGGUACUUCAUGCAAAAUACGUUAAGCAGAACGAUGAUGGCAGCGUGGCAUUCCGCCAGCAGCGGGUCUCUCGGCUCUGGAAGGGGAUCAAGGAUGCCCUACCUCUUCUGAAACAGAACACCAUCUGGGACAUUAGGGAUGGUAGAGCGUCAAUUUCUGGAAAGACCAUUGGAUUUCGGCUGGCCUGGCGUUGA